UCUUCGCCAUGAUCAUGAGACUGCUUUUGGCUUUGGCUUUCUGCCUAGUGGCUGUUAACGCCGUUGAGGUGCGCGAGAAUGGAGAGAAUGGAUGGUAUGUGCCCCAGGCCGAUGGCAGCUUUGAAUGGAUGGACAGGGAUGUGGCCGAGGCCUAUCUAGAGGCCCAUGCCGAGAAGGAGGCACGUAACGUCCUCAACCCGGUGACCUUCUACCUGUACACCCAAUCGAACCGCGGCUGGGCCCAGGAGAUCAAGGCCUCAUCGUCGGUGAUCUCUUCGUCGUACUUCAACCCCAACAACCCCACUCGUUUCACCAUCCACGGCUGGUCCUCCAGCGCCGACGAGUUCAUCAACUACGGUGUCCGCGAUGCCUGGUUCUCGCACGGUGACAUGAACAUGAUCGCCGUCGACUGGGGCCGUGCCCGCUCCGUCGAUUAUGCUUCAUCCGUGCUGGCCGUUCCCGGAGUCGGCGAGCAGGUGGCGACUCUGAUCAACUUCAUGCGCAACAACCACGGCCUCAACCUUGACAACACCAUGGUCAUUGGCCACAGCCUGGGCGCCCAUGUGUCCGGCUAUGCCGGCAAGAACGUGAAGAACGGUCAACUGCACACCAUCAUUGGUCUGGAUCCUGCCCUGCCCCUCUUCAGCUACGACUCGCCCAACAAGCGUCUCAGCUCCACCGAUGCCUGGUAUGUGGAGUCUAUCCAGACCAACGGCGGAAACCUCGGCUUCCUGAAGCCCAUCGGCAAGGGCGCGUUCUACCCGAACGGCGGCAAGUCGCAGCCCGGCUGCGGCCUUGACCUCACCGGCUCUUGUGCCCACAGCCGCUCCGUGAUCUACUACGCGGAGGCCGUCACCCAGGACAACUUCCCCACCAUGCGCUGCGGCAACUACGAGUCCGCUGUGUCCAGCAGCUGUGGAAGCUCCUACAGCUCCGUGAAGAUGGGUGCUGUGGUCAAUGCCUACAUGGUGUCCGGCGACUACUAUGUCCCCGUUCGCAGCGAUGCUCCCUAUGGCAUGGGCAACUAAAUCAAUUCACAAUCACAAAUAAACUAAGCAAAAGCUCUGAUCGCUUAAUGAUCGUCACUGAAA